AUGGGAAACCCUAGAAAAACCUUCUCCAUCGCCAGCGCUGUCAUCUCUGGCUUCAACCUCGGCUUCUUGCUUGGCAUGGCGAGUGCGCUGGAGACACCUUUCCGGCGGUGCGCUACGCUGUGCGGCCAGGCGUACGGCGUGAAGCAGCACGCAAUGCUCGGCGUGUACAUGCAGCGCUCGUGGCUUGUCCUCUUGGCUUUCGUGUCGCUCCUUUCCCCGACCUACAUCUUCAGCGGGCAACUGCUCGGCGCGCUCGGGCAGCCGGCCGAUCUGGCCCGCAAGGCCGGCGCGGUCAGCGCGUGCUUGCUCCCGCUGCACUUCAUGUACGCCAUCCUCCUGCCGCUUAACAAGUUCCUCCAGUGCCAGAGGAAGAACGCGGUCACCGCAGUGACCACGGCCGUGGCGUUCCCGGUGCACGCCGCCGUAACCUGGCUGCUGGUUAGCUACUUCGGGCUCGGGGUCAUCGGCGCCGCCAUCGCCCUCAACUUCUCGUGGGCGCUCGUCGUGGCGCUGCAGCUCGCGUACGCCGUCGGCGGCGGCUGCCCGGAGACGUGGGGUGGGUUCUCGUCGUUGGCGUUCGUGGACAUCUGGGGGUUCGUCAAGUUGUCCUCGGCGUCCGGAGUCAUGUUGUGCUUGGAGAGUUGGUACUACAGGGUUUUGAUCUUCGUCACUGGGUACAUUAAGAACGCUGAGCUUGCCGUGGGUGCCUUGUCUAUCUGUUUGAACGGAUUGGAGAUGAUGAUUCCGUUGGGGUUCUUAGCAGGCACCGGGGUGUGGGUCGCCAACGAGCUCGGCGCGGGCAACGGACACCGGGCGAGGUUCGCCACGAUGGUGUCGACGACGACCUCCUUUCUGAUCAGCAUCUUCUUCUGCUUGCUGGCUUUGGGUCUCCACGGUCGGCUCGCCCUCAUCUUCUCGUCAAGCAAGGCCGUGGACGACAUGUCCGUCCUGCUGGCCCUCACCAUCCUCCUCAACGGAGUCCAACCCGUUCUUUCAGGAGUUGCAGUUGGGUCAGGUUGGCAGGCGCUGGUUGCGUAUGUGAACAUUGGGAGCUACUACCUCAUCGGUGUCCCGCUCGGCGCUCUUCUGGGAUGGACCUUCCAUCUCGGAGUACAUGGAAUUUGGGCGGGAAUGAUCGGUGGCACGACGGUUCAGACGCUGAUCCUCGCGUACAUGACCAUACGAUGCGACUGGGAUCAAGAGGCCUUAAAAGCAAGUAACCGUAUGGGGCUGAUGGGAAGCUCCGAGUGAUCAAUCCGAAGCCUGUAGUCAUGCGUCGGACAAGUGAAGAUAGUGUAGUUACAAGUGAUUAUUUUCUUUUGAGCGAACUAUGUUUUUUUUUUCAUUCUUUUGUUACAGUUUAUUAAAGGUCCCAUUUCCAUUGAGCUGGUCACACUCGGCCCGGUCCAGCCGAGCAAAAUAUCUAAGCCAACCAUGGGCUAUUAGGCAGGUCCAAUUCGUCAGGUCCAGGCACGCUCCUAGAAGCUUAGAUCAUCUCCAACAGCAACGGCAAAUAUUGUGCGCGCGGGGGAAAAGUUAGUUUUAGCACAUGCGGAGCGGGUUCACGCGCUCCAGCGGGUGCGAGAAAUUCCGGCGAGCGGCAAAAGAUCACACGCGCGUGGGAAAAGGCGGUCCGUUGCGCGCUAGAUUUGGCGCGUGUUAGACAUACUAAGGUUGGAACAAUGCUUGAUACCCUAAACGGGUACGGCUGUCAUGUAUAUAUAGGAGGGAACGU